GCAGCUGGACGAUCACUCCGCCAGAGACGAUCCAGACAACUCGCUGCGCCUUUUCCUCUCACUCGACCCGCUAGCUAGCUACGCGACACUCGGCUAAAGAUGUCCGACGAAGGCAAGCUGUUCAUCGGAGGACUGAGCUUCGACACCACGGAGGAGUCGCUCGCGGCGGCGUUCGGCAAGUUCGGGACCAUCGAGAAGGUGGACGUGAUCAAGGACCGGGACACGGGGUACUCCCGCGGCUUCGGCUUCGUGAAGUACGAGAACUCGGAGGAUGCUAAAGACGCCAUGGAGGGCAUGAACGGGAAGACGCUGGACGGCCGCGCCAUCCGCGUGGACGAGGCGGGAAAGAGCGGCGGAGGAGGACGGUCCGGCGGCGGCGGCGGAGGGGGCUACGGCUCGGCGCCGCGAGGCCGGGGCGGGUACGGCGGCCGCGGCAGAGGAGGUGGAGGCUACUACGGCGGUGACGGAGGCUACUCCGACCGCAGCGGCGGCGGAGGGGGGGGGUACCGCAGCGGCGGCGGGGGGGGCUCCCGGCAGGGCGGUGGGGGGUACGGGGGGUACCGGGACCAGCAGGACUCGUACUAGUAGAACUGUCUCUGAGUCCGGGAGCGUCACCUGGAUGAAUGGCCUGAUUUCCAAGAUGGCUGCUUAAGAAGAAAUGCCCACGUGUUAAUUGCUGACCUUUAGUUUCCGAAGUUCUGUUGAAGCAGCUAAGCGCGCGACUAUGUUAAAGAAAAGAAGAAUGUAACGGUCCACUAUUUUUUUGUGAUAAAAAACCAUGUUUGAGAAGAAAAAGAUGGGAUGAGUGACACCUGAUCGAUGUCUCUCUGGCACUCUGUCACUGUAUUAUAUGCACAUUCACAUGUUUUUUGUUCAAAUAAAUAUAGUUUGUAUUUAAA